CGCAUUUGACAGUCGAAGAACAACUGAAGGCGAACAAUCUUCUUCGUCGCGUGUGCGUGUGUGCAAAAGAAAACUUAGCUCGGAAAAAAUAUUCUUUAAGGAGGAAAAACGAAGAAAAACCUACUGGAAACGUACGAUUACAGCGCGAAAAGUGUCCGGACUUUGACCACCGGCAAAUGUAGGCGGUUUACCGUGCCUGGUAUAACCAAAUAAUCGAGUCAGAAGGGAGCAUAGAAAGCUAAAAUUAAGUUCGCGUGUGGCCGCGCGAUCAAGAAGUGUGUUUUGGAAGAAUAAGCCAGAAAAUAUUAAUUAAGAGCGAAAUGGAAGUAGGGAAGUGCUAACCCGUGUCAUUAGAACCCUUCGUGAGCGCAGGGAAACAAAUUUCGUUAUUUUUUCGGAAUACAGUACUAUGUUUCAAGCGCGAUCCAGAGCAAGCAGCAGCAGGAGUAACGAGGACAGUCCGUCACCAUCGCCAUCAAUGGCUGCUGCUGCUGCAACCGCAGCGCCAGCAGCAGCUCUCAACACUAGCAGUAGUGACAGUAAUUUGGACGAUGAUCCCAACAGUUCCAUAAUCAAGAAAGUGCGAUCAAGAGUAUCCAGCAUUCUGCCCGAUGCACUGUCCAAGUGGUUUUCACCAGUGGCAGCUAAGCGACCUCGAGACAGUGACAACGCCAGUGCGGGAAAUAGUCCGACCGGUCGCAAUGGUAAUCUUCUGAGAACACAGGAACCUCGCUUUAUUCCCCCGGAGGAUUCGCUGGCUUUUCAGGAGAAGCAACCAGACGAAGAUGAUGAUGAUGAUAAUGAUCAUGCACCACCAAUCAGUAAACGAACGCGAUUGGAUGUUGAUUUCAAUACCUCAGCAAUUGACUUCAAUGACGACUUGAGUGCCCUUCCGGGCCCUAGUGGUCUCAACAUAUCCGCCAUAGAUCGUCGCGGGUCUCUUCCUGUUGGUUCCCAAGCCGCAAGAAGUGAUAUUCGCAACGUGUUUACGUCGUCAACACCUUCUACAUCUCCGCAGACUUCCGGGUCUCACCAAAAAUUCAAUCAAUUCGCUAGCUCCAGUCGAACCACGUCGCUAUUCGGGAUGGUUUCCUCUUCGGAUGCCGCAAGUAGUCGUGGCUCAGUGGUAGCACCUAUCAGUGAGGAACAGGAGCAAAAUACAAGUUUGUCCACCUCAAUCCGGCAUCGACGAAGCAUUCGCGAGAUUGGUCAACGCAAGCGGUUAAAUAUUCCACCGAUGGUCGUUGAUCGGUCAACGUCAGAACCUCCUGCUGCUAUUUUCGGGACGAAAAAGACGUUCAGACGAAUGAACGAGCAACAGAGUAGUAACGAAGAUUUAGCUGAAGAUGUAGGCGAACCAGAACCGUGUGAGGAAGCACAAAAUAACGCCCUGUCGAAUGGAAACUUAAACGAAAGUGCUUCCGAGAGUAGCAGUGUGUCCAAUUUGAAUUUGAGCCAAACAGAACCGAUGGAGAAUCGUCGUUUGUCUGGUUUCAUGGGCAACAAUCGAAGCAAACGGUACCGAGUCGGAGGAUCGACGGGUGAUCUAUGUUUCUCAUCGCAUCUGGAAACGGAGAAAAGUCUAUUUUCGUCAAAGAAUGUGGGAGGCAGCGGUAGACCGACAUUCAACGCUUCCAUAUACGGGAGUACGUCUUCACUGGGUAGCAGUAAUAGCAGCUUGUUUGCGAAUUCCCCAUUUUACAACGGAAGAACAAUGUACGGGGGAGCUUCGGCUUACACGGCUCGUCGUGACGUUCGUCAAAAGGCCCUGCGGAUGCCAGUCCAAAUUCGACCUUCAUCGUCACUAUCAAAUUUCUCGUCAUCCAACGUGAGCCUCGCUUCCGACACUUCGGCACUUUCGAACACAGCCAAACGUAUCUUAGAAAUCAUGAACCAAUAUUCGGGUCCGUUAAAUGAAGCCCGCAAACUGGGAAGCAGUCUCAGCCUCAACAGUACUCUUGCAUCGGCCAAAGUUCCCGGUCUGGUUCAAGCACGCAAGCGGUUUAACGAGGAAGAUCUCAGCAUAAACCGUAGCAUAAGAAUGUCUAGUCCCCGAACACCGUACAGUCGACCCACGAGUGCGACCGGCAAUAGCAGUUCUUCUUCCGUUAAUAAACCCCCAACCGCCGAGCUUCAAAUCCCAACCAUGUCGCAGCUGUUGCAGAUGAAACGACUUCAGAGUAACACCGAAUCGGUGCGUCGUUUAGCGACCGAAUCGUCUAGCAGAACAGUGUUGAACCAACCGACCGAGUAUAAACUUCCGAUGGAAUGUGGAACCGACGAUAGCAACAACAACGUGAAACAUACGAGCAAAAUGCGACACAAAAUGAAUCGGGUACGGGAUGAUACGCUUGCCGAGCGAACUGUCAACAGUUCGGCCCCGCAGGUACACCUACCGGAUGUUCAACUGACCGGUCUGAAAUCAGUUCCUAAGUUCGAUAUCAAACUACAGGCACCGGUGAGUGCCGGCAGCAAUGGGCCGAGUGAAUCAACUGCGCUGAAGAGAAGUGCAGAUGUAGCCCGAAAGGAGACCAACAGCGGUAAAGACCAUCUUCCAGAAACGACCGCGAUCGUCCGUAGCAGCUUGAGUAGCGGUUACAACAGUAAUAACAGCAGCACCAUCAGCGUGUCACCACUCAGCGGCAACAAUGUGUAUAAAUUUUCAGCCCCAACAAAGCUUGCUCUACUGGCCAAUUCAUCUUUGACCGCGGCAAACGCCAAGGUUCAGAAUCAUUUCAAGUUCAGCGAUCCGGAACCCAUCGGAGCUGGUAAGAGUGUUCCGAAAACGAACGUCACCAAACUGACCGGAAUUCAGUUUGAUCCUCUUAUGGCCAAACCGAAUGUAUCGGCAGAUACAGUUGCAGUGACGGCACCGGUUGGUGCUUCCAGCAAAGCACCGUUACCUCUGAAAAGUGGUAGCUGUUUGGAUGCACUGAAAAGUCCAGCUAUACCAGAGCUGAAAUCUGGUAGCUGUUUGGAUGCGUUGUCGAAAACGGUCACUUCUAGUACAACCACUGCAAGUUUUGGAAAUGCAUUCAAACUGACCGGUUCGAACAAGUGGGAAUGCGGAACUUGCAUGGUUAGAAACGACCCAGACAAGAACAAGUGUGUUGCUUGUGAAACGCCCAAACCUGGCAGUAAACCAGCAGACACCGAGGCACCGAAGAGUGGAUUCGCUUUUGUCACGGCUAGCAAAUCGCUUCCAGUCACAUCCGACAGUGGAUUUAAAGCACUCGUGGCGCAACAAUCUGCAAAAUGGGAAUGUUCCGACUGUAUGACCAGAAACGAUUCGGACAAGAUGAAAUGUGCUUGCUGUGAAAAACCAAAACCGGGUGCAGCACCGACUGAGUCAAGCACUGUACCGGCUGUACCGGCAGCGGUGAAAUCAAUGUUUUCGAUGCCUGUCACAUCGACAACAUCUACGGAUAAAGCGUUCAAGGCACUGGCAGCGCAACAGUCUGCCAACAAGUGGGAGUGCAGUGCCUGUAUGACACGCAAUGAAGCUUCCAGAUCGAAGUGUGCAUGUUGCGAGCAAGCCAAACCAGGCUCAACUCCAGACGAUGCGCCAUCGUUCUCGUUUGGGAGCAAAACUCCGAUCGUUACUGCAGGCGCGAGUGGUACGAAAUUUACCUUUGGAUCAUCCUCCUCAUCAUCGGUGGAUGCGAAAGAUACGCAACCAAAAACGGGAUUCAUUUUUGGUGUAUCGACCAGUUCUUCAGGUUCUGCUCCUGCUGGUGGUUUUAGGUUCGGUGCUGUUGCUGCAACCACUACUGCUGCUAGCAGUGCGGAGGAGAAAUCAAAAAUCACGUUUGGCAGCAGUACGGUAGUCAGUGUCGCGCCAUCAAGUGGAUUCAGUUUUGGUUCAAAAUCUGCUGUUUCCUCCUUGGAUGUGCCAGACAAUAGUGGCCCUACGAAAGGUAGUGAAGUAAAAGCUGUAUCUUCGUUCGAAUCCGGUGGAUUCUCGUUCGGUGCCAAACCGAUGACUGACGGAUCUAAAAAGUCAGAAACGGUAACAUCAACAACCACCACAACGAGUGGAUUUACGUUUGGUUCGCCAUCAGCGAUUACCGGUGCUGUGUUGAAAUCCUCGGAUGCUUCGAAAAGUACGGGUUUUACUUUCGGCAAACCUACGGAAGCAGCAGCAGCAACAGCAUCUUCAACUGUUUCAACCACUUCUCCGGUAAUUGCUGCAACACCUAGAACAGAAGCAGUGCAUCCGAAUACUGUCUCGAAACCGGCCAUUUCUUCGAGUCCCGCUACAUCUACAACACCCGCCGCUGCUUUCAGUUUUGGUUCACCAUCGGGAGCGAAAGCGUCUGGUAUGGUAAAAUCCGAUGUAGCGUUUUCCUUUGGUUCACCCAAAACAUCUACCGCCGCCGCAGUCGCAGAGACAACAACGUCAACUGGUGCGGCAGCUAUUGCUAAAGUAUCGCCCGCGGCAGCACCUGCCGUACCCAGUGUUCCUAUCUUUGGUGGUGCUCAAAAGCCGACCGGACCUUCAAUAACGCCCAGCUUUAGCUUCGGUACAACAACUCCAUCAGUGGCGGCUAGCGGUUCAAACCUAACUACUACUGCAACCGUUGCACCAUCGUUUAGUUUUGGCGCAAACACGUCGAAAACAACUGACCCGUCUAAUGCCAAUGCUGCUACGUCUACUACUACCACUACUAACUUUGUCUUUGGUCAAAGUAGUCAACCGACGAAGCGACCAGCUUCUUCCUUCGGAGCAGCAACAGCAGCAGUGUCCUCCGUAGCGGCGACAUCGUCCGAUAAUAAACCAACGUUUGGUACGUUUGGAGCCAGUAAUAUCGCCACGUCUUCAGCGGGAAACUCCAUUUUCGGAGGUGCAACCUCCAGCGGACCAUCGGGAUUCUCGUUCGGUGGUUCGUCUUUGUCGGCGCCACCCAAACCAGCGGAGUCCACAACAUCUGCAUUUACCUUCGGUGCGAACAAUCCUACGGCAGCCGCCGGUAGUGCGCCAGUUUUUGGAGCUGCUGCGGCGUCUUCUGCUAAAUCUGUUUUCGGUAGUCCCUCCUCGAACACCAACAGUUCAUCAUUCGGUGGAUUCGGAGCAAACAGUGCCAGCAACAAUACGGCAACGUUCGGUUCCAGCACAUUCGGUGGGGCUUCACAGUCGGCCAGUUCCCAAGCCGGAUCAAUAUUUGGCCAAUCGUCGGUAUCCGCUUUCGGCUCGAACACGGCCACCAGCGCAAAUCAAGCCCCGGCUUUCGGUAUUGCCCCAGCCGUUUUCGGAGGAGCAAACAGUGCCAGUAGUCCAUUUGGUGCUCCCGUGGUACCGGCAUCGAAUGUCCCGUCAACCGAUGAACCACAGACGAAAAAACCGUUCGAGUUCGGCUCAAGUUCCAGUGUAAAUAAUCAAUCAGCGGCGCCGUUCCAGUUCGGUGCCAACAGCAAUAACAAUAACAACAAUGACAACGCCGUGAAACCGUUCUCAUUCUCGGCACAUUCAGCACCGAGUUUCAACUUCACCGCCGGCUCGAAUCCCGGACAAUCGUCGGCUCCCUUUACCUUCGGAAGCAACCAGAACCUAUCCAAUCCCGGUGGUGUCGUCGGUGGAAUUUUCAACUUUGGCGGAGGCACGCCAUCCCCGGCCAUACCGGGUAUCGGAAUCAGCGGAAUGGCGGAAAGCCACAGCUAUGCCAGGCCAAACGACGCUGCAGCAGGCUCGCAGGAAAAUUCGCGCAACACGACGUAUACCGCCACGGUAGGAGCAGCAAGACGUCGUCCAGAUGCCGCUUUCAAACGCGCUACUAAUUCUGCAACUAAAGCAUCUGCUCGUACCAAGUACACUAAUUUAGUGUGGACAAAAGACGGUCGGAAUAGCAACAGCAACAGCAACAAUACUAUCAACAAUCAUCAUUCAACACGAACAACAACGACGACGAUGACGACGGACGAAACUGGCGCCAAGACGGUGAUGACGAUGACUGGGACUGCUACACCGCCACCGCUCAACUAUGACAAAUCUCGGUUCCGAUACGUCUCGCGGCACCUCAAACGCAAACUGGCCAAUGAUGAUGGCCAACCGUUGCCGCCGCAGCAGUAGCAGCAGCACCAACUUUAUCGACAGCGGGAAGAAAACGGAAACUGAUCGUGUGUGAUACCGACUAUCAGUAAAAUGGUACACGGACAAAAUCGAUGGUUUAAGAAUAAAAAAAAACAAAAUCAGAGUGAAAAGUAAUCUUUCGACUCGACAGCAAGUUACGGACACUACUCUGGGUAGGAAAUUUGCAAAUAACUAAUGCUGAGGGGUUACUUUCCAGGUCGAUGGUUCUUACACUGCGCAGUGUUAUUUUUGUACAGUAAAUCGAGAAAAUUAUGCCUUUUCUCCCUCAGAAGAAAAUUAAAAUUGUUUCGCCAGAAACAGUAAUCAGCGAGCGUAAAGCGGGUGUAUGUGCCAUUCCGGAAAGGACCCUCUGCGAACACAAAUUCUAGAUAUAGGAAUAACAACCUUAGUAAAAGAAAACGCAGUCUAGCAGCAAGGCGAAAAAAAAACAGCGUCAAUAUCGAGAUUCGUAACUGCAACUGAUUGGUUAGGGCAUAAGAUUUUGCCUAGGAAAAGAUGAACCGAAUUGGAACAUAAGCGCCGUAAAAAAGAGGUUCACUGUAAUUAUAAUGAGAAAAAAAAACUAUUUAAGCUUAAACAUAGUACGAUUGUAGGAUGCUUUAAUAAUUGAAUUGAGAAGAGACACUGAGACAAACAAAAAAAAAUGCGACACACGUGUGAAUGUGGAUGUGUAUAAAUUGAAAUGUGAAAUCGAUUGACUUCUUCCUCAAACGAGUCUCUUGCCACUUGCCAGCUGCAGAAGCAGGCACAUUGUAACGGGAGAGGCCAGUCCAGAAAUUAUCAGGUGUUGAAAGUAUGAUUAGUAGUCUGUUUACUUUUUUUUGCAUAUUGUAAACCACGAGGGAAAAGGAUGACGAUAGACAAAUAAAUCCUUAUUUUUGUUAUUUGCUUUUCUGUAAAUUAUUACCGGACGCCAGUGCGUUCUGAAUUGGAAGCAUGAAAGAUUAUGGGCAGAAAGGAGAGCGAAGGGCUUUAAAUCCUUGUAAAACUUAUGAGACACUCACAAACACAUGCACACAAAACCCUACACAGAGAACGAUACUGAACGAUGUACUUUUUUAUAUUGUUUACUAAUACUACCAUACGAAUACUUGUGAAAAUACUGACGCACGUUAUGAAGAACGAGAAAAAGAAAAAUUAAUUGUUAAACUAAGAUAUUGUUCAGGCAUCCUUCAAUGUAUAGAUUCUAUCAGAUUAGCAGUCCAGUGAUAAGGUCGAACGUGGGAGUGAAGGGUCGGUCGAGUGUUUGCUUUUCUAUGGUUUGGUUUGAGCUGGUCGCAUUUGCCAAACUUCAUCCGAGAAAAAAAAACAGCUUUUUGAUGCAAUUGAUACAACAAUAAGGAUUAGAUUUGAAAAUAAAUGUUUCAAGUCGCUGCUUUGAAGGCAAGAUACUUUGAAAACAUUUUACUUCACAACAAACUCUCCUUGUACUGUUCCGUAAAUAAAAAAUCCCAGAUGUGUUUAGUGGAGCGAAUGCACUAAAAGUUUUCCCACGAAGAUUUCAUUCAGCCGCUGUGAAGAAAAUAGAUGCUAACCUUCCGCUUAAUUUCUGCUUAAACCAAACCUACUCGAACAGCAACACGAUACGAUCACAUCUCACAUCGUUAUAGUCCUUACACUUGACUCACGUUCUUUAGGGAAGUUAACUAUUAAGAUAAGCUACUAUUCUUUAAUGGUAAACAAUGAAACGGAUCCGGAACUAUUCGGUUGAGUCACAUUAAAAAGGAGAAUUGUGGCGCUUGAUUCAAACUCAUUAUGAUCGAUCAACAACAAGAAAAAAAAGGGUUUCAACCCCUUUCGGCCUGAAUGAAUGCUGACCGCUUUGAAAACGUCCUCAGUGUUCUCCUCACUGUGGUUUUGAUCCCAAACUUGCCAAUAGCCUGCAACAACAAAAUUUUCCCUCAAAGAAGUAUUACUCGAGUCACCCUCAUUCACUUGUCAUACACGCACAUAUGAGCUGCUGAGAAACGAAGCGUGUUCACUGCGUUCGCUGAGGACAGGGAAAACCGCAAACCUAUUUGAAAAAAAAAAUCAUGUUAUUGAUAAAAAUCAACUCUGUAUAAAGCUAGAACUAAUUUAUUUAGAUAUAUUCCGUUAAUGGAAGCAGCUAAAUUCUCCUUUUUAAGACCGACAAACGAAACAAAAUAACUCAAAUAAACAUCAAUUGGAAGUAGAGAGAGAGAGCAUUGCUAGUAAAGCGUAAAAUUUUGAAGUAAAAUCGCAAAUGGGAUGAAAAUUACAUUUAAUCCCCACCAUAGGAUAACUCAAUUACUUAUUUCUUUUCAAAUAAAAAUCAAUUAAUUCGAAACCAAAUUUUACCGGAAAAAAUACUCAACAUACCAUUGAAAAAAUUGAUUUGCCUUCUGUCAAAUUAAAGUAUCAGUUUCAUAUCAAUCUGAAUCUUAUGUUUGAUGCUGAUGCGAAUACAACAAAUUUGAAUCACAAAAUCACUUAUUCUAACAAUCCGAAGACAUUACACGUUCGGAAGGCAAUUUACAGCAGAAAUUGGAAGUUAGACAGCGCCUUGCUGCUCGAAUACAGUCAGAAAAAAAUGUCACCGAAAUGAUGUUUAUUGUUAUUUUAUUGACCUUAUGGUAUAAUCCAGCUAAAUGACACACACAAAACAAAACUGCAGGAAAAAAAGUGAAAAUAAAAAAACAGAAUUUGUUUAGUAAAAAAGUAAUCAACAGAAAACAAUAAAAAAAUAUAAAAUUA